CGUCAAAAGGAAGUUUGCGCAGCGGUCCUCGUGAGGACCCGUACACAGGGGAAAAUGACAAAAACAAAAACAGAAACGGUAAGCACAGACGACUGCAAAGUGAAACCUCCGCUCUCAAUAGUUGUUGAAGAACGGAUUUCAGCUUGUUUUAAAGGACAAAUGGCUCAGGAAGAGUAUCUGCAAUCGAAGCUGAAAACAUGUCUAAGAAGUGAUAAUAUUCAGCUCUGGAAGGCUCCGUACACAACAGAAAACAAUGAAGCUGGACAGCAGGCAAUAAAGGAGCUUGCUGAAAAAUAUGCACCUAGCCUUAAUCUUAAUGCCACUGAAGUAGAGAGUGCAUUGGAGGCUGUGAGGGCAUUGACAGUCAAGCGAGGGAAAGCAAAUGAGACGUACAAGACAGAAGGUGUUGCUACACUGGAGAUUUCACUGCCCAAGAAAUACAAGCAGAGAUCUCAGAGACACUACUUGGAAACCAAGCUUGACAUUACCAGCAAUCAGCUGAUAGCUAUGAUAUCAGAACAAUUUGGAGUCGGACCUAACAUGAAGUUAAUUUUAAGCGGCAGAACAGUGGGGGCUGGUAAAACACUUCAAGAGCAGGGUGUAAAACACAAUUCAAAGAUUAUGGUUCUGUCACUGAAGGAAAGUGAGGAGGACAAGCAGAAAAUGGCUGGGGAAGAAAAACAAUACCAAAAUAAAAACGAGACCAUAACAAGAACUCAAAAAGGGUUUGAGAUCCUGUCUGAGAGAGAUGGAAGUAUGGAUCCAGAUACCACUCCGUUUUUGGAAAUCGCUGAUCAGAAGGGAAACCCCAUUAAAAUUCCACCAGCAGAGAGGAAGGCUCUUAUCUUGGCCAUGGGACUUCAUGAGAAAGGAAGAUCCCUUCUGAAGAAGAAGGAUUAUGAGACGUCGUUGUGUCUUUUACUGCAAGCAGAUGAACAGUUUAGUAAAUGUGGGUCUCAGUUGCUGAACACAGUGGAUAACUAUGCAGUCCUUCAGCUGGAUAUUGUGUGGUGCUACCGUGCGCUUGAGAACCUGGAUUACCUUCAGAAUGCAAAAGAACGAUUGCAAAAAGCUGAAAGCUGUUUCCUUAAAUGCUAUGGCGAGGAACAAACACGACUUUUACAAAUAAAGGGUAAUUCAGGGAGGGAGGAAGUGCUGUUCCUGAGACUUUACCUCCUCCAGGGGUUUUUAUUCUUUCUCCGAGGUGAAGACCAACUAGCUGCUGAGAAAGUUGUGAAGGUGGAAGGUCUGUACAGGCAGCUAUGUGUGGAUCCUGAGCAGAUGACUCAACUGCUGGCUCUCGGAUACACAGAGCAGGAAGCACGUCUGGGUCUGAGGGCUUGUCGAGGAAACCUCAACGAAGCUGCCAACCACAUUAGCCAAAGAAGAGAGGAAAAGGCAGAGAUGAAAAGAAAGGAACGAGAGAAGAGAAGGAAACGCAUGGAUGACAUCAACACGCUGAGAGAAAUGGGCUAUUCAGAGAGAGAUGCAGCCAGGGCUCUACAUGACGCUGAAGGAAACUUGGACCGUGCCUUUCAGAUCCUUCUUGGUAACUACUGUCUGGUAGAGACAAGAAGCAAUGAUACAGAAUCCAGUGGCACGGACUCCUCCAACAGGGAAGUCAUGAUUAAUCAGUUGGUAUUUUUGGGCUUCGAUCGUGAUUCUGCAGUAGCUGCCUUGGGGCUUGCAGGUGGCAAUGUGCAGCUCGCAGCCCAGCUUCUGGUGCAUCAUCGAGGGAAUCUGCCCCCAGACAUCCUGUCCCCUUCCCCACGCUCCUCCUCCUCAGAGGAGCCCAGCACCUCCUCCAACUCGGCAGGUUCUCCCAUAAAUGCAAGAGAUGAGCAAAUGGAUCUGGACCUGGUGAAUGAGGUUCUGGGGGAUAUCCCGAAUCAUGAGGAGGACUAUCUAGAUCUAAAUCUGGAAGAAGAAAGCGAGGUCAUUGCAAAGCUCAAAUCGUACCUGGAAACAAAACACCAACCCCCCUGCUAAAUGUCUCCCCAUCACAAUGCUGCAAAAGGGUUGCGUAGAAACUCAUGAAGCAAUUAACAACAGGACCCUGUGGUGCUGUUGCACUUUCCAGCUUAGGCAGUCAACCCAUCAAGAGGGUCAUUUUUUCCAGAUACCUUUACCUGCAUUUUAUAUUUAAGAGCAGUUUAAGUGCAAUAAAACAAUUCAAAUAAAGUUUCUACAUGUGUAAAUCAGCAGAUUUUAGAAUAUUUUUCAUAAUGUAGAGUUGAUUUUUAGUUUUGCAAGUUAGAAUAGCAAUGGUUUAAACUGUUUUCAACAUUCAAUAUUAAUACAUUUACACCAGGUUUUAAGUUGUAUGUAUUGCAAUGAAUAGAACAUCUAUUUUGAGGUGCAGUGUCAGCCUGCUGAGGUCUCUAUAUACAGUAAAGAGAAAGGCUCCAUACCACAUUUUAAAAUAGUAACUUUAAUCACUUUCAAAAGAAAAACAAGUGCUUUGCCAUUGGUUGAAAAGCUGCAUUAUACCAAUAACACAAUUCACUGAAUUAUUCAUUUAAAAAUAUAUUUUAAAUUUAGCACACAAGAACACUCUUGUUUAACCCAAUAGUGUGUGGUUUAGUAUGUUCAUUUAUAAAAAAUAUAUAUAUUUAUCACAUUGGUUGAUUUUUUUAAAUGUAUUUAUUGAUUUUUAAAAACAUUGAAUCUCUUUGUUUGUAUAUUUUUCUCUACUGUGACUGAAAUAAACACACUUCUGGAUUUCUAAUG